AUGAAAGUGCGUGAAUGUGACACCCUUCUACCUGUUUACGCUCUUCGUGAGCUCCACGAAGAAGGCAUCAAAAAGUCGGCGAUCUCACUCAUUGAAGCAACGGUAUCUCAUCCGAAGAUGGCAGCAUUCUUCAGUCAAAGUCACACUUUGAUUAGCAGUCUGCAGCUCUUAACAAGAAGUCCUGACCCUGUCUUAGGAAAUCUUGCUAGGGAGUCACUGAAAACGAUAAUGCUUGGCGGACGUGUGCCACGAAAUGCUCCUCCACCCUAUGCGAGGUUCAAGGAUAGAGUGAACACUUUGGUGCUGCUUACUGAAAAAAUCUUUGUGAUUUGA